AACACUUUGACAGUGGACACGGGCGUCUUUUUCUUCAUAAAUGUUUGAUUGGAAUAUUGCAGGAGGACAUUUUUCAGUUAAACAGAAUGAUCCAAAAUCCGUACGUGGACUCGGGUCCUGGUUCCAUCCGAGAAGAUCAGUGGAUGAACCUUUCUCCACUCAGCCGCUCAGAUGUGAAGCCUCAGUUUGUUCAUCGCGUGGCCUUGAAACCUCCACCUGAGAUCGGCCCCACGCGCAAAAGUGUAAAACAGAGGUGUGUGAGGACCACCGUGGUGGCUGUGAUCUGCCUGCUGCUCCUCCUGCUGGUGGCCGGGGUCCUCCUCGCUUAUUACCUGUCCUCGUCCUGUGUGCACGGGAUGCGGUGUGCCGACGGGAGCUGUGUGUGGAGGUCCCAGUGGUGUGACGGGGUGACGGACUGUCCUGCAGGCCGGGAUGAAGCCGACUGCGUGAGGCUGCACGGCUCCGGCUUCCUGCUGCAGAUCUACUCCACCCAGAGUGGAACCUGGAGGACGGUUUGUUCACAUGGCUGGACCGAGCGGCAGGGGAGGGCCAGCUGCCGGCAGGUCGGCUACAGCAGCGGCACGUAUUUUAAAUCGGGCCAACAGACGGCUGAUUCGGGGGACGGCUACUUGAUGGCUAAGCCUGACUUUGACCCCGAGGCCUCCAUCCUGCAGCAGCUGGUGCUCAGCAAUACCUGUCCCAACAACAGUGCAGUGACGUUGCGUUGUACCGAUUGUGGGCGCAGGGUGAACUCCAGCAGGGCCCCCGGGGGGGGCCAGUCACCCCCGCCGGGGGCUGCCUGGCCGUGGCAGGUCAGCCUGCAGGCUUCUGGCUCCCACCGCUGUGGAGGAGCCGUCAUUGCCCCCUACUGGGUAGUGACCGCGGCGCACUGUGUGGCCAGGGACUCGAACCCUGCCGACUGGGCGCUGUACGCCGGGAUGGUGGAGCCACUGGACACGCUGUUCAACCCUGCGUACCGCGUGAGCAGGGUCAUAGCCCACGAAGGCUUCGACUGGGUCACUCGCAGGAAUGACAUCGCCCUGAUGAAGCUCUCUGAACAUCUGGACUUCACAGCAUCCAGUAAUAUCAGACCUGUGUGCCUCCCAAAUGUCGGCGUCAGCAUCAGUGCUCCUCAGAGAGGCUGGAUCACCCAAUUCAACCGCACGCUGUAUGGAGACUCUGGCUCCCUCCACCUGACGGAGGCUCGCGUCUCCCUCAUAAGCACCGCGGACUGCAACAGCUCGCUGGCGGACCAGGGCGGGAUAUCACGGGACAUGUUGUGCGCCAGAGAGACGCAGGCGGUGGCCAACAUGUGCCGUGCGGACAGCGGCGGCCCUCUGGUGUCCCUGCAGGACGGAGCCUGGUGGCUCGUAGGAGACCGUGUCCGGGGGGGGCGCUGCACGGAGCACAACAAACCAGGAGUUUACGGCAACGUCACCUACUUCCUGGACUGGAUCCACCAUCAGAUGAGGAAGCAUCGAGAUGACUGAGGAGGAAAGGACCGAAGAUGAAGCAUCUAACAUGUUGUUUCAGAUUCUCUGUGUUUUCUACAUAAUAUUACGGUUCUUUUUUCGAUGGCUCAAAUUCACAGAAGAAUCAAUAAUCUUUAAGAAUUAUCUCAUAACGGUUUGUGUUUUUCCAUGUAUUUGUCAUUAAAGCCUUUGUAAAUAUGGUU